GGCGACGGGAGGCGGGGAAAAGCGACGCAAGCAGUCGCGACGCCAUUUGCUGCCGCCGAGCGUGGACGCAGGCGGAUCUCUGAAGAGCUCGGUCGCGAUCCUCUCCCGCGCACGCUGCCUGGCCUCCAGCACCUACUUGGUCCCGCGCGCUCCCUCGUGUCGCCCCUCGGAGCAGCAGCCGCCGCGGUCUCCGCUACCCGGAAAGAAGUCAGAAACUCCGCGAGGUCGCCGCCACCGCCAUGCCCAAGAAUAAAGGUAAAGGAGGUAAAAAUAGACGCAGAGGUAAGAAUGAGAAUGAAUCUGAAAAAAGAGAACUGGUAUUCAAAGAGGAUGGUCAGGAGUAUGCUCAGGUAAUCAAAAUGUUGGGAAAUGGACGGCUAGAAGCAAUGUGUUUCGAUGGUGUAAAGAGGUUAUGUCACAUCAGAGGAAAAUUGAGAAAAAAGGUUUGGAUAAAUACCUCGGACAUUAUAUUGGUUGGUCUCCGAGACUACCAGGAUAACAAAGCUGACGUAAUUUUAAAAUACAAUGCAGAUGAAGCUAGAAGUCUGAAGGCAUACGGCGAGCUUCCAGAGCAUGCUAAAAUCAAUGAAACUGAUACAUUUGGUCCUGGAGAUGAUGAUGAAAUUCAGUUUGAUGACAUUGGAGAUGAUGAUGAAGAUAUUGAUGAUAUCUAAAUUGAACUCAACAUUUUACAUUCCAUCUUUUCUGAAGAUUGUCCUACAAUUUGGAUUUUGACCAUGACAAAGAAGAUUAAAAUUUCAUUAGCAUGAAUGCAAUUUGUUAAAGCAGACUGAUUUGUUUCUGAGAUAUUUUUGUUUUUUUUAAAACUGAUAAUAGUGCUGAAUUAUCUUAAGUGAGAUGUUAAGCCCACUUUGUUCUUUUAAUGUAAUGGAGCUUAUGGGUAGAAGACCAUGUCUACUAAUUACAAAAAAAAGAAAAAAUGCAUUGCUGCUUUUCCUACCACUUCCAAUAAGAAAAUGGGUGUUUUGAAGAAAUAAUUUGCCUUGUCCUCACAGAAUCUGAUUAAGCCCUGGCCUCUUGAUUGUAUAGAGUCAUUGUGUAUAUUCCAAUUACCUAGAUAUUCCCUUGAGAUUUUGAUACAAUUUGUAUCAUAUGUUCUUUUCAUAGUUGUAUUUUGCCACCGUAAACAUAAAAAAAAGCAUUUCCAAAAUGCAAUUUUCAGAACCUGGGUUUUAAUAGCAGUAUUGAAUUUGUAAGCUUAGUAGUUGCAGAAAUUGAACACUAGGUGGCACUCAGUUAUCUUAACAGUGGAAGUACUGAUAUAAUUGUUGACUUUUCUUUUACAAUGUGUAAGAAAUACCCCAAACAUGAAAAGAUUGUUUUGAUCAUAUGCAUGUAUGUAGAAUAUUUUUGCAGAGCAGAAAGAUUAUGUUAGAAGUGUGAUUUUUAUUUUCAGAAGUCAUAUACAUGUAAGCUACAAUUUUGAGUGCUUUAUAAACACUUAAGAUAUAUAUAAAUUUUAAUUUCAUAGCAACUUGUAAAAAAAAAAAAUGCUUGUUGAAAAGCCUUUUUCAACAUAUCCCUAAGCUAAGGGAAGAGGAAGGAAUAGCAGCUCAAUGAAAAGAUGGUCUCCAAUUUCUGAAUGAAAAAGCUACAGCUGAGAAAUAAAAUAAAAUGUCAUGCUGCAGAAUAUGUUAUGCCCUUAUUUUGUGUUAAGGAUAUAUUUUAUUAUGUGAAUGGUUUUGGUUUUGUUUUUUGUUUUUGUUUUUUGCUUGUAUUGGGAAUUAGCUUUACUGGUAACUUCCUUAUUUAGUUUUUAGUGGUCAACUCUAAUAAAAUGAAGCUAGGGCUGAGCUAGUUAGCCCUCACUAGUCAAACUGAAAUUGUAUGCAACAUUAAAAGAAGAGAUCCAUCAUGUAGCUUGUGACACUUUUAUUUUAUUAGUCACCGGGGAACUUUUCAGUGAUGAAAAUACACAGGGUAAUAAACCUUCACAUGGCUUCAAAAGGAAAACAAGCAAAUCUUCUCUAAUCUACUCUUACUAUGAUUUCCUAAGUGUACACCAAACUCUGGAUUUAAAAAUCUGAGGUACUAUAGAACAUUAAGUUGAAGAACAGAAAUUAAGAGUACAUAUUCAUGGUUUAUAUUUCUUAUUCUAUGGAGUUCCUGAACACAUCUAGGUGGAAUGCAUCUGAGACUAAGGGCUGGUUUUUAAUCCUCAUAAGAAACCAGUCUUGAAGAAUUAACAAUUCUCUUCCUCGGUAUUCUAAACCUUCUAAGAUAUUUAGGCUUCUGUACAUAAAAGUGUUUUUGCUAAAUUUACAGUAUAUAUAGAUCCUUUCAUAUUAUUUUACUAAGAAUGUUUGAACUUGGCAUAUUUGAUAUAGUUCCUGAUAGGAAUAGCACAGCUCAAACAUUAGUUUUUCUCCUUACCUCCUCUAACACAUGUGGUUUGUCUGGAGAGUUUCUAAAAAUUCAGCUAUAACCCCAGUUCAUGUAUUUGCUGGUGAUUGUUCUUGCUGAGGUAGUAACAGCCCAAUCUUGGGCUGUUACAUCCUAGGAAAUCUCGAAUCAUAGUGAUUAAAAUAGUUGGGGUAAAGUUGUAGCUUAUAUGCAAUACUACUUGGAGGAAUUCUUUUACUAAUUUGUAUUUAAUGUGGAAAUUGUAGUUUCAUUGAUUUAAUCAUAGAUAAUGGAAAUGGUCUUCAAGAAGUUUUAUUUUUCAUCUUUUUGCUUAUACACUCUGAUUCCUAUAAUACAGUGCUAUAAGCUAUGCACAGAAAGAAAAUAAAAUGUUUGAAAUCCAAGAAUAAUGGUUCUUACUGCUAAGAGGGAGUAAUAGUUAUUACUAAUGAUUUUGAUGGGGUUGCAUUUUUGUUGCAAUGUUUAUUCCACUUGCAGUUAGAAUAUGAAUAUGUUUUAUCACUAAUGCAGCUAAAUAACCAAACAUUUGUGUAAAAAAAAAAAAAAGCCAAGAUUUCAUUGUUUGUUGAAUAUUUCUUAAGCAUCUAGCCCCUAAAGAGACCGCUUCUUACCGAGCCUGUAAACUAUGCAUGAUGGAAAUGCUUGUAUUUUAUUUAGGAAUGGCUGUUGGUUUACUCACCACGUCUGUGGAAUCAUGGCUAUAAAUGUUUGCUUACAAACUCUUUGUGACUUGUAAUUUAACUUAAUCUCAUCUAAUGUAAAUAUUAGAUUAUGAUGUUCAGUAACAUCUUUCAUAGGUAUAAACUGCUGUCAUUGAUUUCAGAGUAGCUCUGAGUAAUCAAAUAGGUAAAAGCAUGUUUUGAGUAAAAUAGCUAGAUUUAUACUUGUAUACAGACUUAACAACAACCGGUAUUGACUGGAUUUACAGUUAAAGUGUCAGAAUGAAAUCGAGGUUUUUUUUGAUGUUACCUGACUGUCAUAAAGAUGAAAAUGAUUUGUAUUGGUAUGAAAUGCUUAUCUUUAUUCUACUUAGUAAGGGUAAGUUUUAUUUAUACUCUUUGGACUCCCAUGAACUUUUGCACACUGCUUUGUGUUUUUGAUUUACCCUAAACUACCAUCCUUUUUAUCUUUGCUUUUUUUCUUCCUAUUCAGAAAAGAGCAAAAUGUGAAAAGACACUAGACUCUCAGGUAUAGAAUGAACUGAGCAAUUUGGAGAAUGUAUUGGACUUUGUCCUCUCUUAUUCCACCCUCCUAGCCCUGCAAGUUGCUAGGUACUUGUGAGGCAAUGUACUGGAGAGGGUAGAGCCAUGGAUCCUGGGGUCAAAGGGCCUUUGCCCCCACCCUUACUUGGCCCUCUACCUGCAGGUGACCACUGGCACAUUCUCCUGCUUGUCUCAGCUUCAGGUUCUUCACCUCUAAGAUGGGGAUGAUGAAAACAGUACCUGUCAUGCAGAACUGUUGGGAGGAUUGAUAAUUUAGAUGUUUAUACAUGUAAUGUACUUACAGCAGUGUCUGCUCUUUUCACUUGAUAACCAGUACUAUGUAAGAUAGAAGAUGCAUGUCUUCUAUACUCUGUAUUUCCCAUUUCUUUUGCGUGCAGUCUUUGAUUCGUACAAUAGAAGGAACGCGUAGAAUGUAUAUUUGUACAUUCAUGUCAAUACAGUAUUUAAAAUUGCUACCAACCUCAUUUAAUUCGGCAUAAGACUAACAGAUGAAGUCUCUCGUUUGCUUGAAGAUAUUUUACAAAAUACCAACUGUUCUAUAUUUCUUUAGAAAAAGAUUAUAGUUAUUAAUAUUGAUACCUCUGAUAAUAUUUUAUUCUUAAAUCUUCAGUGAUUCCUUUUACUAUAGAUUCAUGACAGCUAAUUAGUACUAACUGAUUUAGAGGUUUCCUUUCCCAUCAUAUGGAAUGAUGUAAAGAAAUCAGAUACAAACUACUGCAAUUAGAAAAUAAAAUAUGAACAACUUUCAACAA